GCGGGCACGCGAGGGCACGGUUACCACAGCCGCGCGGGGCUCUGAGGCGCGAUGGCGGCGCGCUGCUUGGGCCGCGGUGUCGUACGGCUCCUGGGAGGCCUUCGCGGGGUGGGCGCGCGGGACCUGGCGGCCCCCCGGCUCUGGGGCAGCGCCUCCGUCCCCGCGGCGCCGGCCGGCUCGUACCGGGAGCGGCUCGCGCUGGCCGCCAGCGAGCCGGCCGCCUUCUGGGGGCCGCUGGCGCGGGAUGUGCUCGUGUGGGACACCCCCUUCCAUACUGUGAGCGACUGCGACUUCCGCAGCGGCAGGAUCGGCUGGUUCCUGGGAGGCCAGUUAAACGUGUCCGUCAACUGCUUGGAUCAGCACGUUCGGAAGUCCCCGGAGAGCGUCGCUUUGAUCUGGGAGCAGGAUGAGCCUGGAACUGAAGUGAGGAUCACCUACAGGGAACUGCUGGAGACCACGUGCCGCCUGGCCAACACGCUCAAGAGGCAUGGAGUCCACCGAGGGGACCGGGUAGCCAUCUACAUGCCUGUCUCCCCGCUGGCUGUGGCCGCAAUGCUGGCUUGCGCCAGGAUUGGAGCCAUCCACACUGUUGUCUUUGCUGGCUUCAGUGCGGGGUCCUUGGCUGGGAGGAUCAACGAUGCCAAGUGCAAGGUGGUUAUCACCGUCAACCAAGGACUCCGGGGAGGGCGCGUGGUGGAGCUGAAGAAGAUUGUGGACGAAGCCGUAAAGCUCUGCCCAACCAUCCAGCAUGUCCUCGUGGCUCACAGGACAGACAACAAGGUUCACAUGGGGGAUCUGGACAUCCCCCUUGAGCAGGAAAUGGCCAAGGAGGAGCCAGUGUGUGCCCCGGAGAGCAUGGGCAGUGAGGACACGCUCUUCCUGCUGUACACCUCGGGGAGCACUGGGACGCCCAAGGGGCUUGUCCACACCCAGGCGGGCUACCUGCUGUACGCCGCUCUGACGCACCGGUUUGUGUUUGACUACCGGCCAGGUGACGUCUUUGGCUGCGUGGCUGACAUCGGCUGGAUUACGGGACACAGCUACGUGGUGUACGGGCCUCUCUGCAAUGGAGCGACCAGCGUCCUUUUUGAGAGCACCCCGGUUUACCCCGACGCUGGUCGGUACUGGGAGAUGGUGCAGAGGCUGAAGAUCAAUCAGUUCUAUGGCGCCCCGACGGCCUUCCGGCUGCUGCUGAAAUUCGAGGAUUCCUGGGUGAAGAAGUAUGACCGCUCCUCCCUGCGGACCCUGGGCUCAGUGGGAGAGCCGAUCAACCAGGAGGCCUGGGAGUGGCUGCACAGGGUGGUGGGGGACAGCCGGUGCACGCUGGUGGACACCUGGUGGCAGACAGAAACGGGGGGCAUCUGCAUCUCGCCGCGGCCCUCGGAGGAGGGGGCAGAAAUCCUGCCCUGCAUGGCGAUGAGGCCCUUGUUUGGCAUCGUCCCUGUUCUCAUGGACGAGAAGGGAAAUGUCCUGAAGGGUGGAGAUGUGUCCGGGUCUCUGUGCCUGUCCCAGGCCUGGCCAGGCAUGGCCCGGACCAUCUUCGGAGAUCACCAGCGAUUCAUGGACGCCUACUUCGAGGCCUACCCGGGCUACUACUUCACAGGAGACGGGGCUUACCGAACCGAGGACGGCUACUACCAGAUCACGGGGCGGAUGGACGAUGUCAUCAACAUCAGCGGCCACCGGCUGGGGACGGCGGAGAUUGAGGACGCCAUGGCUGACCACCCUGCAGUGCCCGAGACUGCCGUCAUCGGCUACCCCCACGACAUCAAGGGAGAAGCUGCGUUCGCCUUCAUCGUGUUGAAAGAUGACGCGGGUGACGCAGACGUGGUGGUGAAGGAGCUCCGGUCAGUGGUGGCCUCUAAGAUCGCCAAGUACGCGGUGCCCGACCAGGUCCUGGUAGUGAAACGUCUUCCAAAAACUCGGUCUGGAAAAGUCAUGCGGAGGCUCCUGAGGAAGAUCGUCACAGGCAGAGCUCAGGACCUGGGGGACACCACCACACUGGAGGACCCCACUGUCAUCACGGAGAUACUGAGCGCCUACCAGGAGUACAAAGACAAGUGGGGGGCCGCCCAGUGACGAUGGCUCUGCCGAGACCCCGAGCCAGGCCCCGAAAUUACGCUCCUAGAACACAGCUCCCGAGUCGGCUUGUUCCUAGACGCCCCAGCGGAACCCACACUGCCCUCCACACGAAGCCCCAAGUCCCUGCCUUCCCUCUACGUGGGGACCCAUGACAGGUCCUCACACAGGGUGAGCUUUCUCCCACUUGCCCUGAAUUUGGUUUCCCGGUGAAAAGUCCGUCACCUCCAUUCCCAUGUCUUCCCGACAGCACAGGAAGGUGGAGCCCCUGUGCCUGCUCAGGCGACUGGAAACUACAAGCAGUCAUGUUUUCUCCAGGUGUUUCUAGAAACGAAAGGUGGAAAUUUUACUUUUAUACUUUUAUAUUUCAAAAGAAAAAUGGUGCAAACACAUAUGUGCAAUGUGUGGUUUACUUGUACACACUCUUCUUAACAGUUACGAAAAGCUCCUUCUUUGCCUCCGCUCAUGGGGAAAUGUGGAGGGUUGGAGGGUGCACUUUUGGGUACCGUUUGGCCUACUUGAAAUCCGAAUUGGAAAUGUUUGUGCCUCCGUCUGAACACAGCCAUCUUGAAAUCUCUCAAGCCCACAGCAUCUGUUUUUGGUGUAUGUUUCCACUUCUCUUGGUUUGUGUGUGAUGAAGUCUAACCGCUAAAAGCACCUGUGGGGAUGGGCGCGCUUUUCAGCUCUGAAGGGCUCCGGUCACAUGUGGUUCUGCAGCUUGCGGUCUGGAAACAUUCCCCUCCCCUCGGCCUUGGACACUCAGCAGCCAGUUGGCGUGCUCCGUGCCUAGGGCUGUUCAGGGAAGCCAGGGACUCAGUAAUGCAGCCGGAACUGGGUCCCUGAAAACUGCCCUACCUCCCUACUCUUGAGCCAGGUCUCUCCCUUUUCCAACGUGCCUUGGGUCCUCUGGACUUAGCAGGACAACGUCGACCAUUAGGUUGCAAAGUGCCUAUUGAUAGCUAAGCAUGAGAGGGCCCACUUGUGGAGUGCUGGGAGGGUGGCCUGCUGAGCUGGGUCCUGGAGGACAGGAGGGCUGCUCCAACCUGCACCCCACAGAGGGCGGUACCCUGCAGCUGUGCACGUGUUCGCGGGGACCUGGAGUGCUCAACACCCGCCAUAAGUGGCUGUGCUGGCCUCUCGGUGACAAGGUGAGGACGGGUGGCCUUGGCUGUAGCACACAGAUUGGCAGCUCUCACCACCUGUACCGGUAGCAGUUUGCUGGACUUGGCGGAUUAUGGUUAGGGUGCUACUUAUGAAAUGACAGCUAUAAACUGGGACAGCGACCAGGGCCUCAAAAUGAUCUGCAGGGCUGUUCAAAUAAAACUUUAUUUUGUUCA